AUGUCUAGCGCUGCAAGCAUUUUAUUAAAACAAUUUAAAGAGCUUACACGUAAUCCAGUACCUGGUUUUACUGUAGCAUUGCAAGAUGAAGGCAAUGUUUUCGAAUGGGAUGUAGGCAUCAUAGGAGCUCCUGGUACAAUAUAUGAGGGCGGUUAUUUCAAAGCAUCACUUAAAUUUCCAGUAGAUUAUCCUUACAAUCCACCAACAUUUAAAUUCAAGAAAGAUUUUUUCCAUCCAAAUGUUUACACGGACGGUAAAUUGUGUAUAUCAAUUCUUCAUCCACCAGUAGAAGAUCCAACUAGUGGUGAAACUGCUGCAGAACGUUGGAAUCCCACUCAAUCUGUAGAGAGUAUUUUGAUUAGUAUUGUUAGUCUUAUGGGAGACCCUAAUUGUUCUAGUCCUGCUAAUGUGGAUGCAGGUGUUAUGUACCGAAAAGAUCGAGAUACAUAUAAUAAAAUUGUAAGAUCUCAAGUCGAGACUUCAAAAAAAGAUAUUCCAGAAGGACUGAAAAUACCCACUAGUGCUGAUGAUUUCAUUGUCCAGAAAAAAAACGUUGAGGAUGAUCAAGAUGAAAAUUUUUGGUACGCAUCAGAUGAAGAUGAAGAUAUAGAGGAAGAUAUAGAGGAAGAUAUGGAGGAAGAUAUGGAAGAAGAUAUGGAAGAGUAUGGAUCGUCUGAAGAAGAUAAUUAA